UUCCUCUCUUCUCCUUCUUCUUCUCGAAGCUUCCUUUUUUUUUCCCUUCUCUCUUCUUCUCCUUUCUUCUCCCGGGAAGGGAGGAGGGCGAUCUCGGGAGGGGGCCGGCCCGAGGCCGGCGGCUCCGCGGUCAAGGAUCCACCGAUUUAUGGAUUUAUCCGAUGAAAUUGCAAGGGUCUUAAUCCCCCCUCUACAAAGGGUCCAGUCAUCCAAAAUUUUGAGGUUUACUCUGGGAUUUUUCUGGUGUUUACUCCAUCUUCCAGUUAGCAUCGUGCAUCUUGGGUCUUAUCUGAUUAAACAACUACUUUACUAUAUGAUUUCAAGUGGAUUACUACAGAAGUAUCAAAAUCUCCAAUUAGACAAGCUUCGGUACCUGGCAAUUGUGGUAGAAAGUGAAGAAGCUAAAAACACUACAAAGAUCAAGCAACUUUUAAGCUGGUUGUCAUCUAUUGGUGUGAAGUAUGUAACUCUUUAUGACAUGGAAGGAGUGCUGAAGAAGUCAGUGGAAACUGAUCUAAAGAGCUCAGAAAAUCCAAGUGUUGCCGAUGGAAAUGCUGUGGCUUCAGUUCAUCAAGAAAGAAUGACAGUAGAGCUUCUUUCUUUCUCUGAUGGUAAAGGAGCGGUUGCUAAAGCAGCUAGCUUUCUAUGUUUGCAGUAUCUGGAAGGUGAUUCUGUAGGCUACAAUAAGAUGGAGCCGGUCUUCACAGAAACUGAUGUGACGAAUGCUCUAAAAGCAGUAGGUCAUGGUGGACCAGAUCCUGAUCUCCUUCUUGUAUAUGGGCCUGCUAGAUGCCAUUUAGGAUUUCCUGCAUGGAGGAUACGGUACACAGAGAUUGUACAUAUGGGAUCAUUGAGAUCCAUGAAAUAUGGUGCAGUUGUGAAAGCCAUUUAUGACUUCUCAAAGAAGCACCAAAACUAUGGUUCAUGAGGCAGAUUUUGAUUGUACUGCAAUAAUCAAACAGCAUAAGGUCUCUGAGCUCCAAAUGGUCAGGCCAGUCCAUCUGCACAAGUCAUGCCCUCCAAAGCCAACGAAGGAUUGAUAUUACCUAUGUAAUCAACACAUUAAGUUUCUAAGUAGUCAUAGAAUGAUGGCGAUAUUGAUUGCUGCAAUCAGCAAGAAAUGAAAGUGCCUUAUAAAGCAAUUUUGCAUCGGCAGUGUCAAUCAUAUAUAUGUUUUUUCGCUACUUUUAUUUAUAAAAACAUAUUUAGUGCUCCCUUUAUACAUAUUUUUGAAUCAUGGAUGGUAAACUCCUCAAAUCGCUUGUCUACUCCCUGUACCUAUUACUGUCGUUAUUGUAGUUUCACUAAUAUAUAUCAGCAAAAAGUACAAUAGUUA